AUGUGCAUUCGAGCAGAGAGACCCUGGGAGAGACCCUCGCUCGGCGCUUCCUCGAUCGACCACGCUCAGCCAUUGACGCUCGCGAUUGACGACCCGGUCUUCAUCGCGGACGGCCACACGUACGAGCGCCGCGCCAUCGAGUGCUGGCUCGACAAGAAGAUGGCGAGCCCCAAGACGGGCGGAGAGUGA